ACCUGACUCACAGCAGUUCGCCUCACAAUGGUGCUUCUCGAGGUGCAGAUGCCGAAUGGCGAGGAGAAGCUGUUUGUGGAGACGAACCCCAAGAAGACGACCUUUAUGGACUUCCGUCGCACACUCGCAGAGAACGCAGGCGUCAACGUGGAGAAGAUCCACAUCUUCACCCCGCGCGGCGUGGCACGCAACAACGCCAAGGACUUUACCUCACAGGACUGGACUGGCGCCAUGUCGUACGAGCUCGAUUCCAGCGGCAAGCUGGUGCUAAAGCAGGCUGUGGGAUCGGCCUACCGCAACGACGAGAGCCAGGAGACGCUGCUGGGGAGCCACGGCCUGUUCCACGGCAACACCAUCCGCGUCCUCUACCCGUUCUCGGGCAAUGUCUUUGUCAAGACCCUCACCGGCAAGACCAUCACCCUCUCUGUCAACUCGUUCUACCCCAUCUCUGACAUCAAGGAUAUGCUCCAUGACAAGGAGGGCAUCCCGCCGGACCAACAGCGCCUCAUCUUUGCCGGCAAGCAGGUCGAGGACGACCGGACCCUCAUGUCGUACGCCAUCUGCAAGGAGUCGACCUUGCAUCUCGUCCUCCGCCUCCGCGGCGGCAUGAUGCACAUCUCGUCCGGCAGGCUCGGCACCACCGGCAUGGCUCCGAUCUUUGGCUCGCAUUCCUCGCCUCAAGUCCCUGACGCCAUCACCGCUGCGCUCGAGCGGUACAUGCGCUCGACCGCCGCGCCCGACGCGCCGGCAACAACCACGACGACCACUGCCUCUGCGCCGCCGCCGUCGUCCGACGCCACGUCAUCGUCCGCCGCCUCGUCGUCCGCACCGCCGUCGGUCGCCGACCCCAACUGCAUGAUUUUGCCCGGUGCCACUACAUGCGCCAUCAACGCCGUCGCCGUCGAGCUCACCAUGGACGACGUCGACUCCAUCGCCGCCGCCGAACUUGCCGCAGGCAACGAGCCGUUUUCGUCCUCGUCUGACCUCCUCAAGAUUGACGUCUACCUGCCCGACCGCACCCUGGUCUCGGUUGCGCUCACCAAGGCCACCACCACUGCCGAGCUCACCGCCUUUCUCACGGCCGCUCAACCCGAGUCGUUUGCGACCCCGACCUUGUCGGCGGUGUGGUCGGGACCACCCCGAUCGACGACAUGGACGACGCUGCCAUGCAGGACGAGAUCGACCGCCUGCGCUCGUUCCUCGACUAGCUCCGCUCUCCCGCUUCUGUUUGGGUUUUUUCUCACAUCGCCUUGGUGUGGUGGCCCGUCGCCACAACCGCGCCAGUCUCGGCGUUGAGGAUGUCGACCUGCGUAAAGCCUAGCCGCCGCCCGUA